UAGUAAGCAAAGAAAUGUACGAGUAGAUAGCAUUUCAUAUAGGAAACCAUGUGCAAAAGUAUUUCUUGAACAAAAAAUUUACCGGUAAAACAACGCUGUAUACCGUUCUUUAUUUAAGUGCAUUAUCUCUGGUAACUAACGCACGCGCCUAUCAUAAGCGUGCAUCUAGUAUUCAAAUCAUCAGCGCCAAAUUUGAUCCGAUCAGUCACAAUAUGACGGUAAAUAUGUUUGCACCCUUGACAAAAAGGAUCGUAUUUCGACAACUUGCUCAUAUACGGCAUUAUGGAUCCGCUUCCAGCACAGAUUCAUGCGGAACGUUCGAUUUAGUAGUCGUCGGAGGUGGCAUAGUUGGGUGCGCCACUGCUCGAGAAAUGUUAAUAAGACACCCUAAUCUGAAGGUGGCAAUCGUUGAGAAGGAGAAAAAUUUAGCCAUGCAUCAAACAGGACACAACAGUGGCGUAGUCCAUGCUGGAAUUUAUUAUAAACCCGGCAGUAUGAAAGCGAAACUAUGUGUGGAAGGUUUCCAGUUAUGCUAUGACUAUUUUUGCAAACAUAAUAUACCACACAAGAAAAUUGGAAAACUCAUAGUAGCUACGAAUCCAGAACAAGUUAAACAAUUGCAAGAACUGUACGAUAGGGGAACACAAAAUAAUGUGCCGGAUCUUCAGUUGGUCGAAAAAGAUUGUAUAUCAAAAUAUGAACCUAAAUGUCAAGGAGAAAAGGCACUGUGGUCACCAUGGACAGGUAUAGUGGAUUGGGCAAUGGUUUGCAAACAGUUUGCCGAAGAAUUUCAAAAGAUGGGCGGUAAAAUAUUUUUUAACUACGAAGUAACCGGCUUCGCUGAAAUGUCGGAAUCGAAAGGACAAGAACAAUUGUCACCAAUAUCGGUACAAUCAAAGAACAGAUGCAUACCAGCGAAAUACGUAUUAACGUGUGCCGGUUUGCAUUCAGAUCGUCUAGCAGUUAUGACAGGAUGCGAUCUCAGUCCACGAAUCGUUCCGUUUCGUGGGGAAUACUUAUUACUAAGCGAAGACAAAAAGCAUUUAUGUACUACAAAUAUAUACCCUGUUCCAGAUCCUAGAUUUCCGUUUUUAGGGGUUCACUUUACACCUAGAAUGAACAACGAUAUAUGGCUGGGUCCAAACGCCGUUUUAGCAUUUGCCAGAGAGGGUUAUCGAUGGCGUGAUAUAAACAUACGAGAUUGUAUAGAAAUGGCGAAAUUUCCAGGACUGUACAAGCUUUGCUUCCGAUAUUUUAUACCAGGUUGUAUGGAAGUAAUUAAAUCAAUUUUCUAUCCCCUCGUCGUGAGAGAUUUGAGAAAAUUCAUCCCCGAGGUAUCUUACAAAGAUAUAAAAAGAGGACCAGCGGGUGUAAGAGCGCAGGCACUAGACAACGAUGGUAAAUUAGUGGACGAUUUUGUUUUCGACGUGGGAAAAGGUACUAUAGGUAGCAGAGUGAUUCACGUACGUAACGCGCCUUCGCCUGCCGCAACUAGCUCAAUGGCAAUUGCUAAAUUCAUUGCCAAUAAAUUGGAUACCGAUUUUAAAUUUUGAAAGAUCCAAAAUUAUCAUUACACAUUCACUGUAUACAACAGUGAAACAGUUGUGAAUUUUGUACAGGUAGAAACAAUUUGCAUAACUUCUUAUACCCUUACCUCGCUAUAGAAUAAAACACACGAAACUUUAUAUAUUUUUUUUUCACAUAAAAUCCGUUGUUUUUAAACGAAUAUUUGUUUGAAAGUGAUAUUUUAAUUUUUCAUAUUUUCAUGUCAUUGUAACAUUGCAUUUAUGGUAAUGAAAUAUGUGUAAGCUAA